CUGCUGGAGACGCUGCUGAACGUCGACCUGCCCAAGCUGCUGCAGCUCAUUCCCGAGGAGCAGAGCCGCACCGGCGUCCGGGUGGCCGCCGUGUCGCAGGUCACGGGAGCGCCGUCCCCGUUCGCGGUGAUGAAGGUGUCGGGCAUGAGCGAGCAGGGCGGAAGCAGUCGGUUACCAGAAGUCCUACAUCGUGCCGCCGAAGACCGCGGACUACAAG